AUGAGUAACGUACACGAAACAGAUGCUUUGUUCAACCCAGGUGCUAAUGAGAUAAAUACUUCAGAUUAUGAUUCCCAAAAGGAAUUUGUAGAUGAUUUAGAUGAUAUCAUCUCAAAGCAAACAUCAAAUUCUGAAAUUAAUGAUGGAUCUAAAAUAAACGACAACAUUUUUAAAUCAGAAACUAAUUCUCCUGUUGCUGAUAAAAUUUUCUCAGCCAUCCCAGAAUCUGAACUUCCUGUUGCUGCUAAUGAUGAUGAAGAAGAAGAUGAUAUCGAUUCUGAGGGAGAUAUUUAUAAUGAUGAGGAAUUUGACGCUUUAAAUGGCACUAAUCUUAAGGACUUAACAAAUGUUGUCAAUGCUAACGAAGAUGCUCUGAUGAAUGUAUCUGAUCAUGCCUGUGCCUUUUGUGGGAUUGAUAAACCAGCCUCUGUCAUCAAAUGUAACACUUGUAAAAAAUGGUUCUGUAAUGGUAAAAAUGGUACCAACAGUUCUCAUAUCGUUAAUCAUUUGGUUUUAUCACAUCAUAAUGUAGUAUCAUUACAUCCAGAAUCAGAUCUGGGAGACACCAUUUUGGAAUGUUACAAUUGUGGUUGUAGAAAUGCCUUCAUAUUAGGUUUUGUUUCUGCAAAAAGUGACGCAGUUGUUGUUUUAUUAUGUCGUGUACCUUGUGCACAAACAAAAAAUGCAAAUUGGGAUACUGAUCAAUGGCAGCCAUUGAUUGAAAACAGACAAUUUUUAUCUUGGAUUGCUGAAGAACCUUCUGAUGAAGAAAAAUUAAAUGCUAGACUGAUUACUCCUUCUCAAAUUUCAAAAUUAGAGGCCAAAUGGAGAUCAAAUAAAGAUGCUACUAUUAAUGAUAUUGAUUUACCUGAACAACAAGAAGAAAUACCUCCAGUUUUAUUGAGAUAUCAAGAUGCAUAUGAAUAUCAAAGAUCAUAUGGUCCUUUAAUUAAAUUAGAGGCUGAUUAUGAUAAACAAUUAAAGGAAUCGCAGGCAUUAGAACAUAUUUCUGUAACCUGGUCAUUAGCUUUAAAUAAUAGACACUUGGUUUCUUUUGCAUUAUCUACUUUUGAAUCAAAUGAGCUAAAAGUAGCAGUUGGUGAUGAAAUGAUUAUCAGAUACUCGGGUGUUCAAUACCCAGAAUGGGAAGGUAGAGGUUAUAUUGUGCGUUUACCAAAUAGUUUUCAAGAUGAAUUUACAUUAGAACUAAAGCCAAACAAAGAGCCUCCUCCAACUCAUUUAGGUACAGGUUUCACUGCUGAAUUUAUUUGGAAAGGAACUUCUUAUGAUAGAAUGCAGGAUGCCUUAAAAAAAUUUGCUAUUGACAAAAAAUCCAUAUCUGGUUACCUUUAUUAUAAGAUUUUAGGGCAUCAAGUUGUUGAUAUUGCAUUUGAUAUUUCAAUGCCAUCAGAGUUUUCAAUUCCAAAAUUUGCUCAAUUGAAUUCUUCUCAAACAAAUGCUGUUAGAAAUGUUUUACAAAAACCAUUAUCUUUAAUACAAGGUCCUCCUGGUACAGGUAAAACUGUUACUUCUGCAACGAUUAUUUAUCAUUUAUCAAAGUUGCAUUCGGAACGUAUCUUAGUUUGUGCUCCAUCUAACGUAGCUGUCGAUCAUUUAGCCACAAAAUUGCGUGAUUUAGGAUUAAAAGUAGUAAGACUAACAGCUAAAAGUAGAGAAGAUGUUGAAAGUUCCGUUUCAGAUUUAGCUUUACAUAAUUUAGUCGCAAGAUCGUCAAAGGGCGAAUUACGAAAACUAUUGAGAUUGAAAGAAGAAGUAGGUGAGUUAUCCGCAAAUGAUACGAAAAAGUUUGUCAAAUUGGUUAGAAAAACUGAAUCUGAAAUUUUGAAAAAGGCAGAUGUAGUUUGUUGUACCUGUGUAGGUGCAGGCGAUAAGCGGUUAGAUACAAAAUUUAGAACAGUUCUGAUUGAUGAAAGUACUCAAGCCUCAGAACCAGAAUGUUUAAUUCCAAUUGUUAAGGGUGCUAAACAAGUAAUUCUCGUUGGUGAUCACCAACAACUAGGUCCUGUUAUCUUAGAGCGUAAGGCUGGUGAUGCUGGUUUAAAGCAAUCUUUAUUUGAAAGAUUAAUCUCUCUAGGGCAUGUUCCUAUUCGUUUAGAGGUCCAGUAUCGUAUGAAUCCAUUUUUAAGUGAAUUCCCUAGUAAUAUGUUUUACGAAGGUAGUUUGCAAAAUGGUGUAACAUUAGACCAAAGAACUGUUCCAACUAGUACUUUUCCUUGGCCUAUCCAUGAUGUUCCAAUGAUGUUUUGGGCCAAUUAUGGGAGAGAAGAAAUAUCAGCAAAUGGUACCUCUUAUUUGAAUAGAAUUGAAGCAAUGAAUUGUGAACGUGUUAUCACUAGACUUUUCAAAGAUGGUGUUAAGCCUGAACAAAUUGGUGUUAUUACUCCAUAUGAAGGCCAACGAGCAUAUAUUUUACAAUAUAUGCAAAUGAACGGUACUUUGGAUAAAGACUUAUACAUUAAUGUUGAGGUUGCUUCUGUUGAUGCUUUCCAGGGUCGUGAAAAAGAUUAUAUUAUUUUAUCUUGUGUUCGUGCUAAUGAGCAACAGGCAAUUGGUUUCCUAAGCGAUCCAAGACGUAUGAAUGUUGGUUUAACCCGUGCUAAAUAUGGUUUGGUCGUACUUGGUAACCCGCGAUCAUUAUCAAGAAAUAUUCUUUGGAAUCAUUUAUUGAUUCAUUUUAGGCAAAAGGGUUGUUUAGUAGAAGGUUCAUUAGAUAAUUUACAAUUGUGUACUGUUCAACUAACAAGAAAUCGUCAAAAUAGGCAACGUCAAACCCGUUUUCCAUUUAAUAUGGGGCAAACUCAGCUGGAUAGUGCAAUACCAAGCGUCCAAGAAUUUGAUACUCAAAGCAUGAUGGCUUUCGGUUCAAAUACUGGGACUUUUGAUAAUCCGUUUGCAGCUAGUAGCGAGUUAUCAUCUUAUCUAAACAAUAAUUAUUGGAAUUUGCCUAACUUUGCUGUCUCAAAUCAAAAAAAUACAACGGUGCAAAAUACUCAGAAUAAUUAUGAUAAGAAUCUGGCCUCUAAUUUCGAUUCUAGUUUAGCAAGAAAGUUAGAAAAUUAUGAUGCUGUCCCUGAAUUUCAGCAAUAUGGAAAUUUUGAAGAAUACAGCACUGAAAAUCUAGAUAAAAAUUUUAGCUCCUUAAAUAUAUAG